AGAGCCGGCAAGUCGGGAGGUGCCGUCGUUUCUCAAGCAACGGAUUGCACUGUCGCAGCUUCGUUUUGCAGGCACUCCCUCGCUGAGGGAAGCCCCAGGAUGUGGCUAUUUUUAUCGCGUAUCAGCUCAUCUGCUCAAAGCUCUCUUGACGGCCGUGGGCCCCCUCAACUAUGGCCCAGCGUUCCCCGAUCUCCAACCGACGGCUCCAACGGACAAGAUCUCCGCUCGCUCAAAGCAUGACCCCAACGCAGAAUGAUCGGCCAGCGCGUGAUGAAUGCUCUUUGACGAAUGGGACUACGGCGAUAUGAAGGAGCGCCUGCGGGUAAUCCUCACGAAGCUUAACAGGCCGGCUCUCAUGCGCCAUGGCGAGCUCGUUAGAGGGCAGAGAUUGACUAUGAGCGAGCCAUUCUCGGCUGGCCAGUAUUGGAUCUGAUUCUCACUGAUUGCCGACGAUGGCAGCCUGGUUAUCGCCGGCGUUCGGUUGCCCCAGCACCUGACCACCACCGGCAGUCAGCGAG